AUGACACCAAGAAAGAAGGCGGCCUGGCAUACGAAUCACCUCUUCAAUGAUUGGCCAUUGACGCAUCUCGCUGGCCUCAUCAGGAACUCAUUGACUUCAGCUACUUCUCUAGUAGCAUCAUGUCUUGCACAGUGCUUGCUGUUUUCGUUCUCUUCUAGCUCGGCAGAAGAGGAAAGCUCUGCAACUCUUUGCUGCUUCUGUUGUCCCAUCCACCAUACCUGGAGUUGUAGGCAGGCACGCAGGGGACAUUCAGCUGCGCCCUCGCAGCCCCCACGAUGCAGAAGUCGGCCUGCGAUAUCAACCAUUAUUGGUUCGGCGCCGCACGACAGCAGGGGGGGUUCGUUGGUCCCUAGCUUCGCAUCCCGGCCAAUCGUCUCCCAUGUUUAG